AUGAGUGAAGUUUCUGUCAGUCCACGUCCAAUACAUGUACGAAUGAUUCAAAAUGGAUGGCUCGAAUCAAAUUUUGAUAUCACAUAUCCAUUAGAAUUAAGAGGAAUCAUUAGUGAAACUGAGUACCAAGAAUCAAUUAAUAAAAUUAAUCGUGCUAUACAGGUCAACAAAGUUCUAACAAUUUUUUGCACCAUUAUGAUGUGCACCGUUAUUGGGACAAUAUGUUCUAUAAUUGCUUUGCUUCGAGUAAAAUCCAGACGAAUGGAACGAUUGAAAGAAGCUGUUGCUGAAGAAUCAUCGAAAUAUUCUUCUAGAUCGCCAAUACCAUGUCGCUGGAGAUUAGAUUUGACUGAACAUUUUCUUCCAGAACGUACCCCGUUGACAGUUAUUUGUAUAGCGAUAGAUAUUGUUCGUGAUGAUGCUGAUGAAAAUAGAAGUGUAAUGGAUCCUUCGAAUCAAGUUAUUUCGCAACCAGAAACACCCUAUACAGAACAAAACAACAAUGCACCUCCACCGUAUUCUACAGGAUCUUGUUCUCAUUGUGGCACAGCAAGACAAGAUGUUGCAGCUAAAUUCUGUUUAUCUUGUGGACACGCACACGAUAAAUACUGA